AUGUCAGUGCUGGUAGCCUGCAUCUUCAACGCUCUGUCCAUACUGCUGGUUUCUCGCUACCUGUACAUCAGAUUCUCUCGCGAGCGAUUGGAGUACGCCAGGGAGCAGGAGGCUCAGCGCAGUCGGCGGCAGGGGGCAAGGGACAGCGGGCCUGAGGGCAGCAUGCAGACUCAGCUUGCCCGCUUCACCCCCGUAUUAGUCCUCCAGCCCGACAGCAAGGUGGCUUGCGCGCACAAGGAGGCGCCAGCGCCGGACGCGGCCGGCCCUGGAAGCGCGCCGGCGGCGGCGCCAACCCGGCCGCUGCAGACGAUGUACGUAUCGCAGCUGCCGCAGGGCACAACUCUGUACUCAGGGCCGCCCCUGCGCGCCUCUGCCUCCACCAGAAGCCUGGGCCAGCUCAGCCGAACAGGUGGUGGCUCUGUGCGGGAUCUGCACCGAGCCGGCUCCAGCAGCGGCGCAGAAACCACUUCUGCAGGGGAGGUCCGCAUAGAUGUGGCUGGUGGCAGUAGUACAGGGACAGCGGAUCUCCAAGCUCAUCAAGUUGAUCAGGCGCAGCAGCACCAGGAGCCGAGGCGGCCGUCACUGCUAAGCGUGGCCUAUCUUGGCUCGGGGGUGUAUCUCUGGGGGGCGCGAAGGGAUCCGCUGUAUCGAGACAGGGUCCACGGCCGGCCACCCCCCUCGGCCUACACGCGCUGA